AUGAUUAUGCAGAAACUGUGGAAGACCGGCCUCGACUGGGAUGAGCCUGUCAAUGGUGUCUUGCUAUUAGAAUGGAAGCGAUAUCGAGAGAAUUUAGCACACAUCAAAGGCCUGAGCAUACCACGUUGGCUACACUACAGUAAUGCAUCAAGUAUUGAGUUGCACGUCUUCGCUGACGCAUCACAAGUCGCAUAUGGAGCAGUCGUGUACUUGCGAGUCGUAGAUAGAGAUCAAGUAUACGUCAAUCUAAUAACAUCCAAAACAAAGGUGGCGCCAAUCGAAAAACAAGUCUCAAUUCCUAGAUUGGAAAUUUGCGGUGCAGCAUUGGCGGCUAAACUGAUUUUAGAAACAUCACAAGUGCUGUGUGUGCCUGAUAACAAGUUAUUUGCAUGGACAGAUUCUACCAUUGUACUUGCUUGGUUGAAGGGUGGACCAAGCAUGUGGAACACCUUCGUAAGCAACCGGGUAUCAGACAUACUAAACACUGUAGAUUACGAACACUGGGGACACGUAUCUACUGACAUAAACCCUGCUGACUGUGCAUCACGGGGCUUACAAGGUUCAGAAUUGCUGAAUCAUUCACUAUGGUGGAAUGGACCAGCAUGGCUGUCUGACCUAAAUAUGAACACCUGUGUUCCUAAUUACGAAGAUACGCAUGAAGAAGAACGCACGAGAUCUUUAACUGCUUUAUACAAUACUGAACAAGAAUUCAUUUGGACAAAAUAUUCAAGUUUAUCACAAAUGUUAAGGGUUCAAGCCAUUGAAUUUAAUGAGGAUAUUAAACAGUUAAAGUCUCAUGGUUACGUGUUAAAAAGGAGUAAGCUUCGCAAUCUUUGUCCCUUUGUAGACAACAAUGGAAUUCUAAGAGUUGGCGGGCGUAUUCAGAAAUCAGAAAUGGCCUACGAUACACAACAUCAACCACAUUUGUCUACUGAAACAGCUAUCCUCUGCCUCAAGCAUACCGUUCAAUACUAUACAAGUAGGAAAACACCCGUGUAUGCAUGCUUCCUGGACCUCUCCAAGGCCUUCGACCUGGUGUCUUAUGACUGCCUGUGGAGGAGACUAUCACAGAAUACCGACCUUCCGAAAGACAUAAUUGAUAUAUUGAAGUACUGGUAUAAUAACCAGUACAAUUAUGUUAAAUCGGCGGGCGUCCUAUCGGAUGCAUACAGGUUGGAAUGCGGG